CACAAUUGCAACGUGAAACGUGCGAUUUGUUCUAUUUUUAUCGUGGACAAGCGUGUGUAUAUCUCGUGUACGAGCGCCUAGAUCAAGGCUGAAUUUGAUCACGGGUGAUAUGACGGCGGGAGCGAGUAGGAAAGCCUAUCACGAUGUGCCAAGGUACAUUGUCCCGCAGGAACGCUUGAAGCGACGAACGAAGGUACUGGCCAGUGGCUUCGUCCGUUCGUUUCUUCUCGGAGGUCCGAUGAAUGAAUUGGUGAUUCUGCUCCUCACGAUUUUGUCGUCCGAGUUGCCCGCGAUGUGGUGGCUGGACAUUGAGAGAAUUGCUGCAACUCUCAAUUCUGGACCAUCUAGACCUUGCAGUACGAAGUACGGGUUGAUCACAAGUCAAUGAUCGAGAGCUUAAUGAGAGGUUCGCGCUAACGCGAGGCGGAAGACGACCACAGCCUUGUACUUUGCUGCAACUUACUCAUACCGCGCUGCUCACGGACACGUCGAACCUUCCCGUCGUAUUUUUCUCAUGAGCAAUCGAUUGUUCAUUGCAACACUGAAAUGAGUAUGCU